AUGCCGCGGCGGAGAGCAACAGUCUUCGGGAGGAGACGGAAAGCGAGGAAGAAGGAGGAGGUGAUACCAGCAAGCGAGACUUCGACGCAAGACGAAACAGAACAUGACGACGACGACGACGACGACGACGACGACGACGACGACGACGAGAGCACAAAUGCGAGAAGCGUAUGCAGAAACAGUUCAAGCUCCGAAGAUAUGGCAGACAGUGACGAUUUCAAAGAAUCGAAUCGGGCAGGAACAAAGAGGCAAACAAUAACACAACCAAGAGCUCGAGGACGGAAGAAGAUGACCGCAACAACAAUAAACACGAUAAAAACACCAAGAAACUUGCAGGAACACAACAAUAUCAACGAACUGAAACUGAGGUUGGAGGAGAGGGAACGGCAACUUGCCCUGCGGGAGGUUUAUCUUUUAGAAUGGGAACGAAGACUGUGCAGAAGAAAACAUGAGCUGGAUGCAAGAUUAGGUGAGAAAUCUUGUGAUGCCUGGUCGACAGCUGAAGCUGUGUUUUCCCUGCUAGGUGCCUCAAACCCCUUUGUAAAAUUCCUCCACGCCCUUCAGGUUGCGAAAGUCAAAGUCAUUGACGGGCAGAAGAUUCUUCUCCUCAAGACGUCAAUCGGUGGGAUACAAGCAGCAGGAAACACAAUCAUCAUCAGAAAUGCUUGGACGAAUCUAUUCCAACUUGCAUUCCAUGGCCUGACUAUUCCCAAUGCUCAAAACCACAAAGUUCUCUUUCUGGGUAAGUCUGGAUGUGGCAACUCAUGGUUUGCGUACUUCUGGAUCUGGAAGCUGCUAGACAUGGCACAAAAGAUCUUGUACCAUGUUCAUGACUCUUUCUAUCUGAUCAACAGGGAUUCGGUUGAGAUGAUUCCCAGUUGUGAUCUUCACUACCUGGAUGCAGAUGUUUGGUACUUGUCGGAUCCAAAACCCGGGCAGCAGCCGUUUUCGCCAUGCAGUUGGAAGACAAUCUUCUUCGGCAGCCUUGGUGUAAGCCCCUACAACUCUUUCCGCAGAACGUACACGUUGACAUACUACAUCCCCUGCUGGACUUGGCCUGAGAUCUACUUCCUUGGGAUUCAUUGCUCGACCCAGUCACCCGAGAAGAUACAGACGAUCACUUGUGACUGGGGCAACGUUCCUCGAUGUUUCGUGUCCGAUCCCAAAGACUCUCUCAAGUACGAAUGCGCCAAAGUGAAAUGUCUGUCUUCCAUGCUCGAAGAUGUCGUGUCAGGCAAAGUCACGGACGACACCUUCCCGUUCUCCUUGUUGCAACUUCAACCCUCGCAGGACUACGACAAGAUGAUCUUCAACUUUGCUUCUCCUCGAGUGCAGGACCUUGUCUUCUUGGAGAUGAUCAGAUGGAACCGGAGGAGCCUCCAAGACUUCUUGAUCAAGGAGCCUCGUCCCUCGUUUGCCCUCUUGCGGUUCCAGUUGUUCGAGACUCUGACGCAUCACUGGCUCCGGGGAGCUGGGCAGUGCAGAGCCUUGAGCCUUGAGCCUCGCUGCUCCUCCAGCAGAGGCCGAGCGAGGAGCUCACCGGGUCCGCAUCCUGAUACAGCAGUGACGCUGCCUUUCCAGUUCCAGGGCUACUUGAAGGAGACGCGCUCGUUCCGGUAUGUUCCCAAGGAGACGAUCAGGUCUGGGAAGUACAUCCAAACGGGGAUCAAAACUGGAGAUUUCUUUGACUCGUUUGCGUUCUCCGACGGAUGUAUCUUCUUCUUCAGCAUCCUGAUGCAGCCGGCUGAGGCGCUUGACCGACAGCAGGUUCGGUCCCUUACCCUCCAAGUCACUCAGAAACUUGGAAGAGUUCCGAUCCGAUUCGUCUUCGUCCUCCCGACUUUUGUGCAUGAGAGUGUGAAUAGCGUGUUUGGGUUGGAUGCAGAUGCCCGAUCAGAUGGUAAGGGAUCACAAGGUCCAGGAGGUGAUGGUUCAGAUGUUGAAUGCGAGCAGUUUGUGACAGAAAUCGACGUGAUUUCAGAGAUUGAAAGGUUAGAUUAUGUACAUGUGAGAAAUUAG